CUGGUAGAACCUAAACGUACAUAUGCAGGAGGAAGCUUUUGCAACUCAGCUCGUAUCUACGAGAUACAAGCAUCCAUCCACAGAGCAUCCAAGGUUUUUCCUUUCUUACUCUUCCUGACCGGGCCUGGCCUUGUUCGUUCGCGGCGGGUUGUGGGUGGACGUUCGUCUAUCUUAUACAUAUACACUCUUGCUGCCCGCCGUCCCCUCAGCCUUCUUUCCCCUUCCCCUUCCGCUUCUUUUAUAUCUACUUCUGCCCGUACAGAAGAAGAGGUGCCAACGUCCUUUGCUCUCCCUCCCACGUCGACCUCCCUUCUGACCUUUUUCUUCUUCUUCCAAAUAUAUUUAACGUCUUCAUCUUCUAUAUUUUUUAUUAUAUAUUUUAUUCUUUCUUUUUUUUGCCUUUCUUUUCUUUUUUUUUUUGCCCUCGACCUGCUGCUAUACAACAGAACCAUCAUAUAUAAAAACCUAGAUCCAGCAACUGACCUUCUACCAGCCUCUGCUGCCGCCUUUGCCCCCAGGGCGUCGCCUACCGUGGUGCUAUCAAGAGUGGAACAGUGGAUGACCGUCACCCUAAAGCGAGUGAACAAAGUGAAGAGACCGCUGAACAACGUCGGGCAGCAUACCAGAUGCCUAACAGAGAUCCUCUCCCACCAGAACGCCAUCUGGAAUUUAUGUUCGAUCAUGUUGCCCAAGGCUCCCGAGUCCAAGUUACCCAAGGAUGAGAACCCGCUCGUGGAUGCUCUCUUCAACUACCAGCUCGCUCACAUGGAGGCCUACGUCGUGCAUGUCGAUAUGGUCUCGCAGAACGAAGUCGCAUUUAAGCUGACCCCAGAGACUAUCGAGACCCUCAUCGACCAUCAUAAGGAAAUCUACUCUGUCGACACUGCAAGCAAGACAUGGGACUGGCCCGAGAAGGAGAUCCAGCUCAAGAAGCUUCAGGAGGAAUUCGUCCAGGCUGUCAACCGGUUUGUAUACCGGACAAGCGCCUCUGCACUGGAAGGCAUGGAGGAAGAAGGCGCCGGAGAGCUGCUCUGUGGUCUGGCAGACGAAGCCAAAGCCGCCAUCAUGGGACUCUUCGUGCCUCUGCUCCCUCCUCCGCCACGAAUUGUCGAUGUGGUGCGUUCUACGCCAUUAGUUCCUUCUUCCACUGGCCCUGAUGAUUGGUGGCAUCAUAGCCCGACCCAGCAAUCGCCUUCCCCGGUUGACUCCUGGGAUGUUCUGCCUUCCAGCCCAAGCACGACGACAAGUGACUCGCAUCCGAACAUGUGGCCCAACAUCGGCUACAAUGACAUGUCUCUGUCCUCGCCUCCCGCCUCACACUGCCAGCCCUUCUCGGCGGCCGCCUUCACCACGUCAGAGUUCUACGAGUGCCCGACCACCUUAGCCUCCGCUGUCCCUUACCUCCUGCCCGACAUGCUGGUGCAGCAUCAGUGUGGUACUGCUGCCGGCAUGGACGGUUUCGUCUGGGCUGAUAGAUACCCUGAAUUUGCCCUUCAGUACGGAACAGCCAUGUAA